AUACGCCUCGGCGUCUCCACAGCCACCAACACGGCAGCAGCCGAGCCACGCGCACCCAGACGACGCCGGAGCUGACCACGGUGGUCGCUGCUGCUGGUCUGGGGUUUUCAUCAAUCCCGCGGCGGCGGUCAUGGAGGGGGAGGAGAUAGGCCUCGUCCUCGCCCGCGCCUCCGACCUCCGCUCCAGGAUAUCCGCCUGCGCUGCCGCGGCCCGGCCGCCGUCUCUGCAGCGCGGCGCCGACGAGGCGGUGCAGCGGUUUGGCGCGGCGGAGGAGGAAGAAGGAGCUGAGGGGGAGGAGGAGGAGGAGGAGGUGGAGAGCCUGGUCGGCAUCAGCGACGCGCUCGAGUCGCUCGAGCGGCAGCUCGCCGCCCUACAGGACCUACAACACCAACAAAGAUAUGAACGGGAAACCAUCUUGAGCCAGAUCGACCGUAGUCGGGGAUUCCUACUUAACAAGCUCAAGGAACACAAGGGACAGGACUGUGAGGUAAUCCAUGAGGCUGCUGCUUUUGCUGGUGAAAAGGUUGAGCAUGAUGAUGGUCUCAUCCUACCUCCUUACUCAAACCAUGUCACCAAUUCGUUUGUGCUCGACGAUCUGUAUGCUCUAAACUACGUGUCCAAGUCUAAGCGCAUGCACAAUGGACUGGACUCUGAUGGCAUGACCCAAGAUGAAGCAAGAACGAUCGGGCUGGAGAACAGAAAUACUAGCACCUCAAACCGCAGUUUGCGAGGAGGAAUCGGAUCCUUCAUUGGAUGGAUGGCUAAAACGGCAGUCAUGGUAGUAGGCGCUGUAUCUAUCAUGAAGGCUGCUGGCUACGAGCCCGUGGUAGGGAGAAACAGCAUCAAGUUGGACAUCGCAGGGCUGUUCCGUAAAAAGGUACCCGGUGGAGAAGAGCAGACUAUUCUCCGAUGCCCUCCUGGUAAGGUGAUGGUGCUCGAGGAUGGCAGGGCUCACUGUGUCGUGAAGGAGAGAGUUGAGAUACCUUUCGACACCAACCUGGCCUCCCCAAACGCAAGCUAUGGUUUAGGUUGAAAUCGGCUGAUGUGAAUAUUAGGAUCUAGCUCGUCCCUGAGGGGAGUUCUGUAGGAAUCGUGAGAGUUUUGUAAAAUGUCCUGCCUUUAUUUUCGGAAUUUGGUGCUGAACAUGCUCGUGGAGAUGUUCAAGCUAUGUAUCAUGCCCAUGUUAAAAUCACCCCUUUCUUGUUCAUUUUACCGCUACGGUGAACUCUUUCUUUGGCUGCACUGCCCCUCUACUGCCACUAUUUUAUCUCGGUGAUUUCACUUGCACAUUUUGUUCA